AUGUCCUACAAAAAGCAACAUGAACAGACAGUUAGUACUAUAAAAUUGUCAUUCGACACCUCUCUUCCAGAUAAUGAAAAUUGGAUACGAAUACAUAUUCAUUUACCAUCACCAACUAUCAUUACCACCACUUCGCCCCAAAGAAAAACAAACAUCCGAAAUG